AUGGUUCUCAGACAUUCCUCAACUCUCUUCUUCUCUUCUUCUUCUUCUUCACCUCUCUUCUUCACCAAAAUCAACUCCUCUCGUUCCUUCACUUCCAUCAAGAUGGAAAGAGGUGAAGACAAUGGAGCCAAGAAGGUGUUCGUCGCCGGAGCAACUGGGAAAACCGGGAAGAGGAUCGUGGAGCAGUUGUUGUCUCGUGGCUUUGCCGUCAAAGCCGGCGUUCGUGACCUAGACAAAGCAAAAUCAUCUUUCAAACCAGACCCGUCUCUUCACAUCGUUAGAGCAGACGUGACAGAAGGUCCAGAGAAGCUAGCCGAAGCCAUAGGCGAUGAUUCCCAAGCCGUGAUCUGCGCGUCCGGGUUUCGUCCCGGGUUCGAUCUGUUCGCUCCUUGGAAAGUCGAUAACUUGGGGACAGUGAAUCUGGUGGACGCGUGUCGUAAACAAGGAGUGAACAGGUUUGUUCUCAUAAGCUCAAUCUUGGUGAACGGAGCUGCAAUGGGGCAGAUUCUUAACCCAGCCUACAUCUUCCUCAACGUCUUUGGACUGACUCUCGUCGCAAAGCUUCAAGCCGAGAAGUAUAUCAAGAAAUCAGGCAUCAACUAUACUAUAGUAAGACCCGGUGGUCUUAAAAACGAUCCUCCAUCAGGAAACUUAGUCAUGGAGCCAGAGGACACUCUGUCGUCUGGGAGCAUAUCGAGAGACCAGGUCGCGGAAGUUGCAGUGGAAGCUUUGCUUAACGAGGAAUCAUCUUUCAAGGUUGUGGAGAUUGUUGCUCGUCCUGAUGCUCCAAAACUCUCCUACAAAGAUCUCUUUGCUUCUGUUAAAGCACAUAUUAAUUAA